UGUCCAAGUCAAACUAGGAGGAUAGUUGACUUGGUCAACUUACAGACUGACGUUGAACAUCGUUUUUAUACAGACCGAAUACAGACAAAGUACAGACACAAGUGCACCAACACUGGUCCUUUUCAGGUAUCCAAGUACUCUACCCACUGCCUUCCAGUGUUCUGUCCCUGGAUUAACAGUAUACUGACUCAGUUUGCUUACAGCAAAAGCAAUAUCAGGACGAGUGCAAUGCGUUGCAUACAUCAUACUUCCAAUAGCACUCGCAUACUCUAGUUGAGCCACUGCUCUUCCAGAGUUCACAUUAAGUUUCACACUUGGAUCAAACGGAGUAUUAAACUCUUUAAUAUUUAAGUGUUGAAACUUAGUCAGAAUUUUCUCUAUGUAAUGAGAUUGACUAAGAGAAAUCUAACUUCCAGUUCUCUUCACCUUGAUCCCAAGAAUGGUGUCAACUUCUCCUAGAUCUUUCAUCUUAAAGUUCAAGGACAAAUAUUUCUUUGUUUCAGAAAUACCUUCAAGGUGAGUGCUAAUGAUCAACAUAUCAUCAACAUAAAGACAAAUCACGACUGUAUAACCGGAUUCGCAUUUAGUAUAAAUACAUCUGUCAGCACUGUUGUGUCGAAACCCGAAAGCAGUCACAGUGGUGUCAAAUCUCUCAUGCCACUGUUUAGGAGCUUGCUUCAAACCAUACAGAGAUUUAAUAAGUCUACACACUUUGUUCUCUUGUCCAGGUAUCACAAACCCUUCUGGUUGCUCCAAAUAAAUCUCCUCAUUUAGAUACCCAUUUAGAAAUGCUGUCUUUACAUCCAUUUGAUGGAUGUACAGCCCUUUCAAAGCAGACACCGCUAUUAGAGUUCUAAUAGAACCUAUUCUAGCCACAGGUGCAUAGAUAUCAAAAUAGUCGACCCCUUCUCUCUGCCUAUACCCUUUAGCGACUAAUCUCGCUUUAUAGGCAGAGAUGGAUCCAUCUGGAUGAUAUUUCCUUUUGAAAAUCCAUUUGGAUCCAAUAGGUUUCUUUCCCUUGGGUAGAUCAGCUAACUCCCAAGUUCCAUUUCCCAUAAUGGAAUCCAUUUCAUCAUUGAUUGCCUCCUUCCACAAAGGAGCAUCUCUUGAUGACAUUGCCUCGUUGAAAGUUUUAGGAUCAUCAUCCAAAUUUACAGCAAAAAUGACCUCUCUCGUCACUUUCUUUUGAGUUCCUUCAACCAGGUAAGAAAAGAAAUCAUCUCCAUAACUUUUCUCUUUUCUAAUUCUAGUACUUUUCCUUGGUUCUUCAACUAUUGGUGAGGGUUGAACCCUUUUCUCAGAAGCACUAGAAGUUGUUGUGUCAUUUGAGUUUUCAUCAUCUCUAGAAAACUUGUUCUCAAAGAAUUCCACAUCUCUGGAUUCUACAACUAUACCUGAUUCGUCAUCCAACAAUCGGUAAGAUUUACUAUGCGAAGCAUAUCCAAUAAACACACUCUUGAAAGCUCGUUCUCCCAGUUUGAGUGUCUUUGGAUCAGGUACGCGAUAGUAAGCAAGACAACCCCAAACCCUCAAAUGCUCUAGGUUUGGUUUUCUUCCUUUCCAUAACUCAUAUGGACUCGUAGGUAUCACACGACUAGUGAUCCUAUUAUGAACAUAACAUGCGGUUAACACAGCUUCCCCCCACAUAUUACGAGGUAGACCCGAUUGGUUUAACAUACAGUUAGCCAUCUCUACCAAGGUUCGGUUCUCUCUCUCAGCCAAACCAUUUUGUUGGGGAGUAUAUGGUGCAGUUCUCUCAUGUAUGAUGCCUUCUUCUUCGCAGAAUGCAUCAAACUUUCGGUUAAAGUAUUCUCCGCCUCUGUCCGAGCGAAGAAUUUUAAUGCGUUUCUCCUUUUGUUUUUCAACCUCAGCCUUAUAUAUUUUGAAUGCCUCAAAAGCUUCGUCUUUUGAAUGCAACAAAUAAACAUAUAAGUAUCGGCUCGAGUCGUCACAGAAAGUGAUAAAGUAUCUCUUACCCCCACGAGUAAGAACUCCAUUCAGUUCACAAAUAUCUGAAUGAAUUAGUUCUAGUAGUGAUGUAUUGCGUUUAGGAACACUUGGAAAAGGUUUCUUUGUGAAUUUUGAUUUAACACAAGUUUCGCAUUUUUCAAAGUCUUUAUCAUUUAAUUUUAAUAAACCUUUAGUUUGCAUUUUUUCAAUGUUUUUAAUAUUUGUAUGAGCUAAACGUUUAUGCCAUAAAGAAAUUGAACAAGCGAUAUAAUCAGAAGACAUAAUUUCAUUCAAAUCAAAACCAAUUGCAUUACAUUCACCAACACUAGAACUAACACUACCACCACUAUCACUAUCACUUUCAUUCCCAAACCCGUCAAUCACUGAAACGCCCCCUUGAUCCGAAUCUUCUUCUUCACCAAUCCCAUCUUCAGCUAAGUCAAGACGAUACAUUCCACCCGUGUUAUUUGCUUGACCCACAUAGAUGUCAUUUAGAGAAAACUUCACACGGAGAUUCUUGAUAACCAGCUUGUACCCAUUCCGAUCAAACUUAUCAGCAGAAACAAGACCCUUGGUGAUACCAGGAACAUGCAACACGUCCUGAAGAGUAACCACUUGACCAUCUCUGAAGUUUAGCCGCACCGUGCCUUUACCUCGAACCUCUACACGAUGUCCAUCAGCACAUACCACCACUGUUCCUUGAGGAACAGGAGCAUAAGUAAGAAACGAGCCACGAUUCCCACAAACAUGAACAGUGGCUCCAUAAUCCAAAAACCAUCCUCUACAUGCCACAAUGCGUGUAUAUUGAGAAAGCAUGUUGACUUCACCAAGACCCACAUUGGCCACUAGAUUGGUGACUUUCUCAACAUCAAUAGCACUCGUAGAACCAACCGUAGAUCCAGAUUUCCUCUGAGAGCACUCUCGUGCAUAAUGCCCUGUUUCUCCACAAACGUGACAUUUACCAGACCUCUUUGGUUGAUGGUUGUUAGUGUGUUGUGACUUCUUGAAUUCUUUUUUCUUUGGUGCUGUAAACUUCUUAUUCUUUGAUGAUGUCCCUUUUCCCUUAUAACCAGAUCCUCCAGCUACAUGAUUCACACUCGAUCCGACUUUACCUCUUUUGUCCCUGUUGCGCGUUUCCUCCUCAAUUCGAAGGUGCUUCAACAGUUCAUCCAAAGAGUAGUCCUCAGACUUGUGCAUCAUUCUCUUUGAGAAAUCUUUCCAACCAGGAGGCAAUUUUGCAAUAAUAACCCCUACUUGAAAUAUUUCUGGCAGCGGAAUAGAAAGUGCAGUCAAUUUGUUAACAAGAACUUGGAGUUCAUGCACCUGCUCCAAGAUUGACUUGUCAUCGACCAUUUGGAAGUCUAGGUACUUGGCAAUAAGGUAUUUGUUAGUACCUUCUUCAUGAGCCUUGUACUUAUCUUCCAAAGCUUUCCACAAUUCUCUAGCACUUUUUAUCGGCGCGUACAAGUCAUAGAGACGAUCUGAAAGGGAAUUUUUGAUGUGGCCCAGGCAAAGAUCUUCAGCUUCCUUACGGAUAAGUCUUUGCCUUGCCAAAUCUUCAUUUGGGAGCUCUCCUGCUUCACCAGGAGGGUCAUCAGGGAUUGCAGGCAAGUCAGGAUCAAGGAUAUAGUAAAGUUUCAGCACAACUAGCAUGAACUUAACCUUGUCCGCCCAGCGGGUAUAGUUCUGACCAUCGAAUCUGUCCAACUUGACAAACUCUUGAUUCAUGAAUCUCAGAUUGGCUGUUGGUAGUUCAGAGUCCAUUAAUUCUGUUGAUUAAAACACAAAAAUAAAAUCCUUUAAGAUUGUUUAAAAAAUAAUUCAAUCAAACAGUUAAUUUAUUAUUUACCGAGUUAUCAGCCAAACCAGUUUGUUCCAACUUCGUAUGGAUAUACAUCCAGAAAAACGAAUUCGUAUGGGAUUGGUAUAUCUCUUCCCCGUUUUUCUCAUUCUUUGGUGAAUCCUAAACCUAUAAAUAAAGGCUUCCUGCUACCCAUUUAUGCACCUAAAAUUCGCAGCUCUCUUUCUCUCUAUUGUGUGAUUCUGUUUUCGUUCCAGCUUCUGCGUUUUCUGGUUUCCAUUGCUGUUGGAAUACCAGAUCAGUUCUGCAUUAAAUCCUGUGAGUUUACGCUACAGCUCACAGCAAUACGAGCGCGUAAAAUCCUUUAAGGACAGGAAUUUUUCCGUGCAGUUCAAGGAUUUCGUUCAAGGAUCUUCGUUCUCACUCGCCAGGUUGGUUUUAAUUUACUUGUUCUUUAAAUUCGUCCGACAACGGGACAGUCUCCUUCUACCUUUCUUUAAAAAUAAAAGCUCCUCAGCUCCUCGCGACGAUGCGUAAGUGCAAAGUGCAAAGUGCGCCUCAAACGCGCCCAUUCGCGAGCUCGCGGCUCGGCUCGGCUCGGCGCGCGUGUGGGCUUCACCCACUUCUCAACCCAUUUAUCACUAUGGAGGCCCAUAAGGGGUAAUCCCUUAUAAACCAUCCAAACUUCACUCACUCCACCAAUGUGGGAUGGAGGAAACAUACCAACUUGUAUGUUUACCUCUUUAUUAUUUCCAACAAAGGGUUCUACGUUUGAAUAAUUUAUGCAUCAGCGAGGUGCCAGAGACCAUUGGCACUUUGAAGCAUCUCUGAUAUCUUAAUUUAUCUAACAACCCAAUCACGUGUUUACCAGCAAGUGUUGGCAAUCUCUACAAUUUGCAAACAUUACUCCUUUCUGGUUGUAGUGACUUAAUUAAGUUGCCCAACAACUUCUCAAAGCUUAAAAACUUGCGGCAUUUGGACAUUUACGAAACUCCGCUUUUGAAUAAGUUACCUCUGUGGAUUGGCCAAUUGAAAAGCCUGCAGACUCUCACCAAGAUCAUUGUUGGAGGAGAUAAUGACCUUGCAAUAACCAAGAUUAAAGACCUUACAGAUUUUUUGGGGUGGAUUCACAUCAAGGGGCUGGACAAAGUGGAAAUGGCAAUGCAUGCACAAGAGGCAAACUUAUGGCAAAAGAGGUUUGCUUUCUUACAACUAGAAUGGAGUGAUGUGUUUGAUGGUUCUCGAAAGGAGUCUCUUGAAAAGGAGGUCCUCUGUGGGUUGAAGCCUAAUAGUGCUAGUUUGACAAUCCUUCAAAUAGUUUCAUAUGGGGGUAUAGAAUUUCCUAAUUGGGUUGGGGAUCCAUCAUUUCUUCAGUUGACUGAGGUGCUUAUACAUGGCUGUAAAAACUGUACAUCUUUACCACCACUUGGUCAGCUACCAUCACUCAAGAAGUUGUUUAUUAAAGACAUGGAUGAGGUGAAAGCUAUGGGUUCAGAGUUAAUAGGGGCAGGUCUUUCAUUCCUUUCACUUGAAACACUUGUAUUAGAAAAUAUGAAGAGGUUGGAAGAAUGGUCAACCAAUAUUGGGAUUGUGUCGUUUCCUUGCCUUAAAGAGCUUGUUGUAAGCAAUUGUCCUAAUCUGGUUCAAGUGUCACCUGAAGCUCUACCUUCUUUGAAUAUUCUAGAAGUAUCUGAAUGUGAUAGUGGUGUGUUGAGAAGCCUGGUUAAAGUAGCUUCAGGAGUCUUAACGUUGAAAAUAGAAAGUAUUUCAGGGCUUAAUGAUGUGGUGUGGAGAGGUGUUACAGAGUUUCUUGGAGCAGUUGAAUAUUUAACCAUAAAAAACUGUAACGAAAUAAGAUACUUGUGGGAGUCGAUGGAUAGUAAGGCUCUUAUACGUUUAAUGUAUUUGGAUGUACAGAGAUGUCAAAAUUUGGUGAGAUUAGGAGAGAAAGAGGAAGGGGAUAGUUGUUGGAGCAACGCUAUAACAACUCUUAGGACAUUAAAGAUAGAAAAAUGUGAGAUUAUGGAGCAUUGUAGGUGUCCAAAUAACAUUGAGGAGUUGGAGAUCUCAGAUUGUCCUUCCAUUACAUCUGUUUCAUUUCUUACAACAGCUGGAGGGCAGAAGCUCAAGUUUCUUUCCAUUAAACGUUGUGAAAAACUGUUAGAAAAGGAGCUAAUAUUAGGAGGAGAUAACACUAGGGUGCUUGUCAACAAAACAAGCAUGCCAAUGCUUCAAAGUGUAGAUAUUAUCACAUGGCCAAAUCUGACAACGAUCAUUGAACUGAGUCAGUUGAUUCACCUCACCUACCUGAGAAUAGAUGGUUGUCCAAAUAUGGAGUCAUUUCCAGAUCACGAGUUGCCUAAUCUCACCUCAUUAACGUACCUGGUAAUAUACAAUUGCCCAAGUGCAGAUGCUUCCUUUCCUCGUGGGUUUUGGCCUCCCAAACUGCAAACCCUUGUAAUUGGGGGGUUGAAGAAGCCCAUCUCAGAGUGGGGACCACAGAAUUUCCCAACCUCACUUGUCAACCUAGCAUUAGUGUGUGGAGGGUCAGAAGAAGAUGAUGUGAGUAGGUGUAGUCAGUUGUCUCAUCUUCUUCCUUCAUCUCUUACUACUCUUGGGAUAUAUAACUUUAAGAAGUUGAAAUCAGUUUCUGUGGGACUCCAACACCUCACCUCCCUCCAACAUCUCGUUUUAUGGGGCUGCCCAAAGAUGAAGCAUCUACCAGACCUUCUGCUGCCUUCACUUUUAAGUUUAACCAUAGAUGAAUGCCCAAAGCUAGAAGGAAGGUGCAGUAGAAGAAGAGGCUCCUAUUGGUCCCGCAUCUCUCAUAUCCCCUGCAUCAGAAUAAAUGAAGAAUGAUCCGUUGCAUCAGAAUAAACACAAGACCGUGGCCUUGCUGCCCGAAGAUCUCCCGCGACCCAUUGAAUUCUGAUUCCCGUUGUGAGAACUUUCAGAAACUGAAGCAAACGUAACCAGUGUAUUUCUGCUGCAAUCAACAUGAUAGCCGCCGCUGUGAAGAAUGACACAAUGAAUCUUUCGUUAGCUGUUGUUGAGCACAUUUGUGCGGAUCUUUGUGAUGUUAGGAGCGUAAGACACUCAUUCAGAGCUGCAAUUCACGAAGUAGGGCCUAGAAUAAAGCAUUUCCUGUGAGGCCAAGAAGGGAAAUAUUGAAUAACAGGGGACGCAGUAAGUCAUGCAGUAAGGCCGAGAAUAAAGCAUGUCGUGAGAGGCAGAGAAGGGAAAUAUUAAACAACAGGUUCUUAGAAUUAAGCUCUACUUUGGAACCCGACCGGCCUGCUACCACUGAUUAGUUGGCUAUACUUGGAGACGCUAUCCGAGUUCUGAAUCAGCUUAAAUCUGAAUCACAGGAUUUCAAAGAAUUGGAUGAACGGUUUUCAGUCAACCUAACCUCACCAAUCCGGCGACAAUGCGAUGUGAAUUAACAAGCAAAAUGUUAUUAGAAUUAAGCUCUACUUUGGAACCUUGUCGGCCUGCCACCACAUAUAAACUAGCUAUACCUGGAGAUGUUGUCCAUGUUGUAUAUGAAUCAACUUAAAUCUGACUCACAUGAUUUUAAAGAAAUGAAUGAGAAACUAUCUGAAGAGAUUAAAACAUUGAAG